AUGAAGGUGCUGAUCGACUCCUCCUCUUCGCUGCUCUUCUCGCUGCUAUUGGCUCAGUUGCCUUUGUUUACGUCGGCGUUUCCCGCCCACCACCGACGGUUCCAUGCCGACUUCGAGAAGCUGACCAACCAGACCAAACACCUGUUAAAGUUAACGCAAGAUCUCUUGAAGGAGCCUGUGUUCGACACUGAGAUCAGCCAUCACAGGUUCAAGUCUUUGCCAGCCAUAAGCAGCAGAGCCAGUGACCUCAGCACACUGGAGCUGAAGCCGACUCUCUCUCAGCUCCACGCCGACCUGAAGUCCUUUGAGCACCAUUUUGAGUGGUUGAAUAAAGCCACGCGGAAGCAGCAUCACGUCUUUGUGCCCAAACUGGGAGAGCUGAUCACUCAUAUAAAGGGAUUAAUCAACGCACUGCAGCGCCAGAUGGUGAAGGCAGAGGCUCCCCGACUCCCUGCUCCCUCCCCAUCUCUCCCCUCUCAUCCCUCCUUCCACUGGGAGAUGGUGCAGACCUCCCACGAACUCCUCCAGCAGUUCAGGAUCUUCUGCGACUGGGCGUCGAGAGCGCUGCUCACCCUCAAGUCGAAAUACCCCGCCUAG